AUGGCUCAAGGAGAAGAUACCAUCAGCGAAUCGGCCUCCUUCCCGUCAUUUUCACACAUGGAGCAAGGCAGACUGAGUAGUCCCACCUUCAUCCGAACUGAUACAGCCGUCCUCAUUGGCGAGCUCCCGAUGAUAUUGCCUGAAUUGAGACCACUCGCCUCUCCAGCUAGGGCAGCCACUCAGGCAGAGCAGAAACUGACCUUUAUUGGCGGGUGUCGCAUGUACCCUAAGGCCAUCGCCUGGUCGUGUGUUCUAUCCUCCACCCUGAUCAUGGAAGGAUUUGAUACCCUUCUUAUCUUUAACUUCUUUGCUUUCCCAGCGUUUAAGCAAAAAUACGGAACUCCGACUCCUGGCUUCGGGUAUCAAAUCUCUUCAACGUGGCAGUUCGCUUUAUCGACUGCUGCACAGGCCGGGGAGAUAGUCGGGCUCCUUGCGAAUGGCUACGUCGCUGAUCAGAUCGGGUAUCACUGGACCACCGUCUCUGCAUUGACCUUCCUCAUGUUGAGCAUUCCUUUAUCAUUUUUCGCGCUGAACAUUCGGAUGUUAUUGGCAGCCCAAAUCGUGUGUGGGAUCCCAUGGGGCGUUUUUCAGACUUUAUCAACCACAUACGCAGCUGAAGUGAUGCCUGUAAAGCUGCGUGCAUACCUACUCAGCAAUGUCAACCUGUGCUGGGUCUUGGGCCAGCUUUUAGCGACAGGGAUAUUGAGGGAAUUUGUUGACCAGACUUCUGAAUGGUCGUAUCGGAUACCCUUUGCACUUCAAUGGGUGAUUUGUUUCCCCAUUUUGAUCGCGGUCAUAUUCGCCCCAGAAUCUCCCUGGUGGCUUAUCCGUCACAGGCCACAGCGUGAGGCCCAAAGGUCGUUGGAGAGGUUAACCAAAAAACACGAAAUCAAUAUCGACCAGACAAUCGCUAUGAUGAAGCAUACCAACGAGAUUGAGAAGUGCUUGAAAGGAGACGAUGGGGGCACAUCAUACUUAGAUGCCUUCAAGGGGGUCGAUCGCCGACGGACCGAGAUCACCUGCAUGGUUUGGAUCACACAGCAGGUAUGCGGGACAAGCUUGAUGGGUUGGGCCUCGACAUUCUAUCAGCAGGCUGGGUUCAGUGCCGCCAAUGCAUUUAACCUCUCGCUUGGUAUUUACGGGAUAGCCAUAAUUGGCGCUGUGAUCUCCUGGUCGCUCCUGUCGUGUUGCGGGCGUCGUAGGCUGUAUCUCUGCGGUCUAUCAGCUCUACUGGCCACGCUAUUGAUUGGAGGCAUUGUCGGAGCUCUCCCAGCAUCCCGUGGCCAAUUAUGGACUCUCGGCUCCCUGCUGUUGAUUCUGACGUUUGUAUACGACAUGACCAUCGGACCUGUGUGCUAUGUUCUGGUCGCAGAAAUCCCGUCCACUCGACUUCGCGUGAAAACUGUUGUCAUGGCUCGGAUAGCCUACAACCUAGCCGGAAUUCUUAUUAAUUGGAUCACACCUCGUAUGCUAAGCCCCACAGCGUGGAACUGGAAGGGAAAGUCCUGUUUCUUCUUCGCUGGCACGACAAUGCUAUGCCUUAUCUGGUGUUACUGGAGGCUGCCAGAGACAUUUGGCUUGAGCUACCUGGAGAUUGAUAUUUUGUUCGAAAAGAAAGCGAAGGCCAGCAAGUUCCGCGAGUUUCGGGCCCAGCUCGAACGUUCGGGAUAUUUUAACAUUGAGAACUCGACGGAGGAGAUGAGCACCUGGCGGGGAUAUUAA